UGAUUUUCAGCGUUCACAGAUUUUUCGCGCACUUCCGUGCCGUGUUCGCUGGAGACUGGAGAGGCGCAAUCAGGCUGCGCGUUGUUGCGGUGCGUGCGUGCUGACGGAGCCGGUGCGCCGGUAGCCUCAGUGCUGUACUGUACUAUGGACCAGCGGAGCAGCGCUGAGACAGAGCCGGAUCUCUCCGUCGCGACGGAGCUGCAGUGCAGGAAGCAGGAGCAGGAGAAGCUGUCGGGGGUGGUGAAGAGCGUGCACCGAAAACUCCGCAGGAAAUACAUUGAAGUGGGAGAUUUCGAGAAAAUAUGGCGUGAACAUUGUGAAGACGAGCAGACUCUUAGCGAAUAUGCCAUGGCCAUGAAGAACUUGGCUGACAACCACUGGGCGAAUAAAUGCGAGGGCGAGGGGCGCAUCGAGUGGUGCCGCAGUGUUUGCCAGAAGUACUUCCAGGAAGGAGGGAUGAGGCGAGUGUUGGAGAAGGAUGAGAAAAGCACUAGGCAUGCCGCAGCUGGGAAUAACACAUCCGCAAACUCUCCACCACAGUCAUCCUCUUCAAGCUCAACGUUCCAGCUUGGGAGGAUACGACUGCUGGAUGUGGGCAGCUGUUUCAAUCCCUUCCUGAAGUUUGACGAGUUUCUGACUGUUGGAAUCGACAUUGUGCCAGCAGUAGAGAGCGUCUACAAAUGCGACUUUCUGAACCUGCAGCUGCAGCAGCCUCUGCAGCUGGCCAGCGAUGCCUUGGAUGCCUUCCUGCGGCAGCUGUGCGGCCCCAUCGACGCUUUACCUGCACAGUUAUUUCACGUGGUAGUCUUCUCCCUGCUUCUCUCCUACUUCCCCUCGCCCUACCAGCGCUGGCUCUGCUGCAAGAAAGCACAUGAACUCCUGACCCUGAACGGCCUGCUCCUCAUCAUCACCCCCGACUCCUCCCACCAGGGCCGGCACGCACUUAUGAUGCGCAGCUGGCGAGUUGCAGUGGAGUCUCUGGGCUUCAAGCACUACAAGUACGUCAAGUUCUCCCACAUGCACCUGAUUGCUUUCCGCAAGGUGUCGCCCACCACCAGCAGCGACCUGGUCAGCCGCAACUACCCGGAGAUGCUUUACAUCCCGCAGGACUUUAACACUCUCGACGAGGAUGGAUUCGCAGAUUGCUACGAACCUUUGCACUCCGAUUUCGAGGACGACCAGUUGGCUUGUAGCGUCGCGGAAUUGCCAGACACACCGUAUGAUUCGGACUCGGGUGAGAGCCAGAGCAGCUCGGCUCCCUUCCACGAGCUGGAAGACCCUAUUUUGCUGCAGAGCUGAACUUGUUAACUGCCCCUCUUGAUAUUUAGUACCCUACCUUCGUGCUGCCAAAAUUGCUCUGCUGCGUUUGUGUACUCUACCCCUUUUUAAGAAGCAAAAAGUUUGCACAGAGUGAAUGAGGACGUUUAAGUGAGCGAUUUUUUAAGAGUGUGCAAGACAUCCUUUUGAACACAAAUGUACACACUAAACAAUCUUAACUAAGAAAUAGAAGUGAUGUGGUUUUGUAACAGAAGCAGCUGAGUGAUUUCAGGUCGAGGGAGAUUUUGCUCACCCACUUUGGCUGUUUUCUCAUUUUUAGAAUGACUGGACAAACCUUUUCAGACUAGCUUAACUUAUACCUUAGGCGUCAGUGUCAAAAGAUCCAACCUUUUGGUCAGUUACCAUAUUGUUUUGGACUUUUUUAGCUGAUUUUCGUAAAAGGAUAGUUUGCCCAAAUAUGCCGUUUCAAACCUGUAUGAUGUCCGUCUUCUCUGAAAUGCAUAUUCUUUGAAAAAAUGCCUCAGUGUAAUUUUGUCCAUACAGUCAAAGUCAAUGUAACUUUUAGUAACAAUGAAACUCAAUGGGGUCCAAAAAGAUGUUGUUUUGGACCCCAUUGAGUUUUAUUGUUACUAAAAGUUACAUUGAAACGAAAGUUACAAUGAAAGUCAUUUUGGACCCCAUUGACUUCCAUUGUAAGAACAAA